AUGGAUUCCUCCCUCAAGCGUGCCGUUCCUACCGAUGACGAACCCCAACAAGAGCCUCAGGCUAAGCGACAACGAACAACCGAGCCCGAUUCCCGUUCUGUCACGCCAGCCGAUGUUGAUACGUUAGAAAAGCCCGCUUAUAACGUGGUGAGGAGACCGAACGCGGAAGAUUUUGGUAGAGAUGGGCUACGACGUUCUAUAGGCGUGGCGCUGAAGCACGUAGGCUUUGAUGCUGCUACUCCUGACGCUCUGGAGAGCUUUACGGAGACGGUUGACACAUAUAUCACGGGCUUCAUCAAGCACCUCCGUCGUACGGCAAAUGCGGCAAGGAGAAACGAUCCUAUACCCGAAGAUUUCGAGCUCAUCCUACGUCGUCACGACGUUGACCUAUCGAGUCUAAAAUUGCAUCUUAAGAAUCCGGUGCGAGAAGAAUACCUUACGCCAUCAUUUUUCGACCCCGUAACGGAGGAUGUACAAUAUUUACAGAAGCCGAGGCCUUUCCUUGGCGAGGAGCUAUCAGGAGAGAAGGAGAAAGAAGCGCGACCGUGGAUACCCAAGAAUUUUCCCGCAUUUCCUAGCGCGCACACCUACAAGUUCACCCCCGCGAAGUUAGAGCCCGACAUAGAAAAGGAGCAAUUACAAGCGGAGGCGGAUGCGAAGAAGGGCGAGGCGGCGUUGAGGCGAAUUAACCGGGCUGCUAGGAUCAGUCGGCAGAAGGAACUCAGAGCGGUGGCGCAGCGCGAACCGCUCAGCCGUAAACGACAUCAAAACUGGGAGACAAUCAUGUCCGAGUUGUUACCCAAGGCCGGUCCGCCGGCGAGCGGCGCGCCGGAUAUCGCCGACCAUAGCACGAUCGUUAACUUUGGGACUAAAUACGGGCGGAAGGGCAUGCCUAAAACUAGCCGACGGCCGCAAACCGAUCCCUUUAACGGGCUAAUAUGA